UUGUCAUCUUUCUCUGCUCGUGUUUUCCGUCUCUUAGACCAUGAAGCGAAAGAAUCGUAACCCCAGUGCUUCUGCAACUCCUCCGGAUGGAAAAAAGAAAAAAGUAGCGGGUAACACCGAAGCUUCGACUGCUGCGACGAAGGCCAUAGACUUCAGUUCACCUCAGAGGGUUCUGGAGUCACUUUUGUCCUCGACAAAUUUGGAUAACUUUUUCGACGAAUACUGGGAGAAGAAACCACUUUUUGUUAGUCGAGAAAAUGCAGAUUUUUACGGACAGAUGUUUACGAAGAAAGACUUGGAGGCCAUUUUGAAGAAGGAAGAAAUUCAGUUUAUUGAAGAUAUGUCGUUGACUCGCUACGCGGAAGGCAAGACUGAGUUGUUGAACGAAGAUGGACGGGUUAAUACGAAGCACCUAAAAGCGGCUGGCGUUGCUGUACAGUUUCAUCAGCCUGACAGAUACAAGGUUUGUAAUUUUAUCGAAACACGUGCGAGAGUUUCGCGCAAGCUUUGUCAUGAAAUGUGUGCCAGAUUGUUUUUCCGUCAAUCCAAAGAUGUCAAUGUCGAUGUACAGUACAGCCACCAUCAUGAAGUAAUAACUUACAAAAAUUAAUGACUGACAAGUGGCAUAGUCCUUUCUUCAGGCAUAAAAUCCGUAUUUCUAUAUAAACAUGAACAAACCUAAAGAGCCAAGCGGUGGGCGGGGGGGUAGAGGGAGCUCCCCUGUCUAAACGGUAGAGAUACUCGCUGCCCCUCGCAUGUGGACGCAGCUUAAAACCCGGUUUUUGUAGCGUAUUCAGUACGGAGUACCAAUGCUAUAAAAACUGAGCCUGCUUGGUGAUGCCAUGUUCGUGGUCUAGACAUAUUAUUAUAAUGUGUACAAAUCAGGUUAAACCACACCCAAAUAAUACUGGUAUAAUAAUGGAGGGAAAACAUCUAGAAGUUCAUCUGCAGUAGUUUUGGGCUUUAUUGCAGGAGUUCAGUUUUAUUUUAGCUAAAUCUUUGUAAUGAAUAUCUGCUAGUACAAGAGAUAAAUGAAACUAAUGGAGAAGAAUGUGAAUCUUUAUAGUGUUGAUGUGGUCAAAGGUAAGGCAAUAAAGAGUCAAUAAAAAUGUAGGAAGAAAAUGCUUUCCACAUGAUAUCAUCUUGCUUGAUAACAAAAACAUUAUCUGCAUAGAAGGCUCGUUUGAGAGAGGGAAAGGUGCAGUUAUUGAAGGAGGAUCAUUUUAAAUUUAACCAGGGUGUGGGAGGGUAUUAAUACGUGUGUAAUAUUCAAGGAAGUAUACUGUAUUAUAGUAUUUAAAAAGAUAUAAGUUUUCCCAUGGGCUUAAAAAUGGUUUUAUUAACUAAUGUGUGAAUAGUGGCAUAGCUACAGGGCUGUGCUCUAGCAGAGCCCGGUGGUCCCUGGCGCCUAACUUUUGCCCUUGGGCAACUAGAAAAUCUCAAAUUUUUCAUACAAAUCAUAUGCUGGACACCCUAGAUUUUACAGUUUCAGAGCACUGGGCUCCCUUCAAUUUUCCUUAGAGCACAGCCUUGAGCUACCAAAUUAAGUAUUACAUUUUGCCUCCCUAGGAUGAAGUCUGGAGGUUGGCGGAAUCACUGGAAACGUAUUUUACCAAUCUUGUUGGUGCUGAUGCAUUUAUCUUCCAGCCAGGAUCACAAGGGUUAGCUCCACAGUUUGAUGAAAUGGAGGUUUGUUUCAUGAAACAUAUAUUCAUUUAAGUACUUUUCCCUAGAAUAUUAUUCCAAAGAGCAUUAAGGGUAAGGUGUGACAUAAUUAACUACUGUCUACUGACACAGUAUUGGUAAAUAGUGUUAGUUACUACCUUUUAUUGCUAAGGUCAUUAAGGCUCAUAAUGCCAAAACAAUACCAUUGAUAGUAAAUAAUAAGAUGUCGAAUUUUUGGGUGUUAGGAUGCUAUCUCGGAAAAGUGAAUUAAACACCUAAAGAACACUAAACUGGGCUUGCAAUGAGCUCUCCUUUCCUCUGCCCCUUGCACCUUCGUUGCUCAGUUGCCCAUUCCCACAUGCCUUGCUUCACUCACUCGAACAGGGCUCGAAAUUGCAACUGAAAUGGUUGCCAUUGUAACUAACAUUUUCUCCUGGCGACUAAAAAUCCUGGUUUAGUCACCACUUUGGCGACCAGAUUUCUCUAUGAUUUAGAUUUAAAUUAAAAGAGUAAAGUUAAAACAAACAUUUGAUCUUAUCUUGCUUUGCUUUCGUCAUAAAAAGGUGCCAAAUUACAUAAUGAAGCCAGUUUACCUCCAAAUUUAUACUGACUUCUUCCUUUGAUAUUUUCAAACAAUCAGAUCUGAAGGAUCACGCCGUACUGUGUUGCGUCAUUUACAUCAUACAAACUGGCAACUAAAAAUUUGCAUCUGCCGACUACAUUUCUCCAGUGGGUCAACAAAAGGCAACCUGAGGAGUUUUUUAAUUUCAAGCCCUGCCAAAUAGGAUAGCUUGCUCACUGGCUAGAUGUUUUGGAGGUGUAUCUUUAUUUACUACUUGAACUUUUUUUACAGACAUUUAUCCUUCAGCUGGAGGGGAAGACUAAAUGGAAACUCUUUAAACCUAUGCAAGAGCUUCCUCAAGAGGCCAGUCCUGACUUAGAACUAAGUGACAUAGGUGAACCUAUACAUGAAUUCGACAUGAAGGUAUACUCAAAACCAUUGCUCCCAUGCUAAUAACAGAGGCCCAAUUGUUAUAGUGUGUACAGUGUUCCAGAUAAGAAAUGGAACUCAGUAGGCGGGGAAUAAAACAGCUAUGGAUUUCUUUUGGUUUUAUUUUUCUUCUAUUUUUCAAUAAAAGUACCCAGGGGCCACACUCAUAGUAGCCAGGGGAAAUCCCCUGCCCACAGCUCUUAAUGACAACCGUGCUGUCCGCAGACUCAAAAGUUAGAGCGAGACUUUGUCUUUCCAUCUGGGAUUGAAAGGGUUAGUAAAGCACUAAGAAAGUUGUUAGUGAAAAUGCCUUCAAAGGAAGCCAAAAGCCUUUUGCAAAAAAAAAAAUUAUCAUUUUGAUUUUCAAAGGUUGUACACAUAAUCAUCCCUGCUAUCUCAUUUAAAAUUAUGGUUUUGUUACACACAGUUUUCCAGGAAAUUUAUUGUACCUUCUCAUUUGUCAUUGAUAACAAAAAAAGGAAUAUACUAGCAGUAACCGUUGGCUAGGAAGUGUGGGCAAACAAGUGGGUUUACCUUGGCGAUUUGAUUGAUAAAAACCGCUUACAUAAUUGUGUAGGCGAAUCAGAGAAAGCUCUUUUAGUUCCAGUGUCAACAAGAGGGAUCACUGUGGAUCAUGAAAACUGAAUUGAACAACACAGUGGACAAGACUCAUAUUUAAUUCAAUGAUUUUAUUCACUGGUGCUUAGAUACAAUUAGCCUGCAAAUAGUGAGGAGAGACGGCUGUAUUUGCCGGCAAAGAUACAUUUAAACAGUAAUCACUGUAAUGGGUGACACAAGUAAUGCAUCACUUACACAGUCAUGACACAAUUGCGCAAAGCGAAUAUUCAAUCCGUGUUCGAUGACCAAAGGCCAUUGAUAUGCAAUAGAAAAUAAUGAAACAGCUUAACUUACCACUGUUUAAAACUUAUUGAAGCUUUCAGAUGACAAGCAUCAUAACAUAUUUCCCUGGAAACGUAUCAAAAUAUAAAAACCAUGCACUGUAGUGGCUGAACAUUGAGAACCUUGGCACAAUGUUUUCCUUUUGGGAACUUUUAAAGAAAAACUUGGCUUGUUUUGUUUAAUAAUCCUUGUCUUGAGGACUGAAUGAAUGACUACAGGGGACUUUGUCAUGUGUAUAUAAAUUAUAGUAACAAAUCUGUUAAUGUUAUUUCUAGUCAUGAAUAGUAUUAGGGCUAGGAUAAAAUAGAAUGAAAGAAUCAAACCAGCUCGACACCUUUUUUAACCUGAAUCACAGGCCUUUUUUGUAUCAAGGAAGUUUGUUUAAAAUAACCUUACUUUAUUUAUAAAUAAAAAAAUGCUCUGAUCUUUCUGCAGCCUGGGGAUCUCCUUUACUUCCCAAGAGGAACUAUAUAUUUCCCAGUGCCUAUUGAAGAUAAAGACCAUACAAUGUACCUAUCUCUGACUACGUUCCAGGAAAAGUAAGCUUACAUGUAUAUGCAGAAAAAACGUCUGCUAGGCUGGCCUUUUUUGCCAAGGUCAUUGAAUGUUUAUCCUAGUAUAUUAAAAGGAAAGAGCCUUCCCGGAAGUGCCAUUUCUACAGAGAGGGUGGAAGCAGUGGACAAAACAUACUGUGUUACGUCCCGCUGUCUAGUUCCAGGUUUGGUUUGUCCCCUGGCCAGCCUGGUGAGCUGGGAUCCUGGCUAAGCAGGCUUUUUGUGUGUCAGUUGUCAUGUCAUGACAAUGAUUUCCGUAAUUGUGUUUCAUUAAUGUGCCAAGAGAUCGACGAAUCAAACCAGCCCAGCUAGCUCAAAGUAAUCAUGUGCCCCUAUAACUUCUGAAGUUACACUUUUUGUUAAUUUUCCCUUGUUAGCAUCCAUGUGCAUCAUAGGGAUGUAUCCCUGUGCCUACAGCAUGGUGAGAACACUAAUGUCAGAAUUAACUCUUGCAAAGACAGAUUGUGUUAAAAGUAGUGUCUCAUGGGCAGUGUAGGAAAGUGACUAAGAAUGCAUCUCUGUGUCCAUGUUAUGGAAUUUUUCAUUACGAGAUGCUCACCAGGGGAAGGGUGCUUAUAUUGUGGCAUAGAUCGGGCAUGCCAGGGAGGGCAGGAUGAGGGAGACUUGAUUAAAAAGGACACACUACUGUAACAAACUCUUUGCCCUGUGAAUUUCAGUUCUUGGGGGAACUUGCUGAAUAAUGCAUUGUCCAAAGCCGUUGAAAAAGCAAUGGAAAGUGAUGUUGAAUACAGAAGAGGACUUCCUUUUAACCUGUCUUCAUUUAUGGGCAGUGGAGUGGUAGGUAGACUGUUUGUACAAGUGUUAAAGAUAACUAAUUAUUUAAGUUUUAUACCAUUUUGAUUCAACCACUGUCAGGGCAGCAAAUCCCAAAAAUAAAAUAAAGAAAAUCUCUUCAAAUGUAUUUUCAAAUAAGCGCCCAUUCUCAGACUUCCACCUUGACUUAAUAUUCCAUUACUACAGUAAGCUGUUGGUCGAUCAGAUAAGUUCAUUAUUUUUGCUAAGUGAACUUCUUGUACUUAGCAAGAUGUGCCGAUGAAGGUUUAAAGUUUUCACAACAGUCCACUGACGCUGAAUAAUUCAAAGAAUUAUUCUUUGUUAAAAUGUUAACUUUGGUACACUCACUUUUUUUAUAAGAACGUUCUGCCUGAAAUUUGUCAAUAUAUUAAGAACAUGCUAAAACAUAAUAAUACCCGAGGCUCUGUGAAGAACAAUUUAUUUUUCACUGCUAUUACUUUUCUAAAUCCAGAAAAUCAGAAUCAGAGGGCACUUUUUCUUUCUUCUUUCCACACAUUCCUACUGUGUAUGGUCAAUAAUACUUGUACUUGUACAAUUCAUUAAUUUAAAAACUAUAAUCAUUGUCUUAUCUGGUCUAUAUAUAUGUAGCUUAAAAGUUACCAGAUUGCUGUUAUUGAAGUUUAAGAACACCUGUAAGAACAUUUCCAGGCUGAAACUGUCCAGUAAAUAAGAACUGUCUAGACUCAACUCAAAAAUGGGCGUUAUUAUAAAAAAUAGUGUAUCUUGUUUUGUUAUGGGGAAAUUACAGCUGUAACUCAACUUUCCCUUUGUUAUGUCACUGACUGAAAAAAGUUUCGCAAAGAAAAUGACAAAUUACCCUUUAAGCCCCAUGAAUGUCCACAUAUAAAUUCUCCUAACUGAUCUCUGCACAUUUUCCUUGAAAAAAAAUAUAGCUGAGGGAAUUGUUAAGAGAACAGAAAGCAAUGUCACUUUGGCCAGUCAAAAUAUUGCAACUAAACUCUAUUUCAUAUUGUUUGAUCAGUCCCUGCAAAAGUCUUCUUGGCUGUAAUGCUUUCAAUUUCAUUACAGUCAAACCUCGUUAAUACGGACACCAAAGGGACAGAACAAGACUGUGUCCGCUUAAGGUGAUUCCCUAGUAAAAGAACCUAACAUAGAUUGUAGAUGAAACUUGGUACACUGAUGUAACAAGUCAAGAAGAUGAUAAAAAAGUAAUAAAAAGUGGGGGUCACUGUGCUUGUUUUGACGUCACAAUGCUGAGAAAUACGGCUAUUUUGGACCCUUUGUCAAAAACCGCGCGUAGCUCAAAACUAGACAAAAACGAGAGACUUUUUCGAUAAUGCAUGUGGUAUCGCACAGAAUUUGACAUUAUUGUAUUGUUUAUCCACUUACAUACCAGAAAAAUACCUUUUAAUGCUCCUGUUUUUAUUUUACGCUCCAAAGUAGAAUUGAAUUGGACACGUGCUAUUCGACCCGUGAUAGCUCAAUCCGUACAAUUUAGUAAAAUUGCCAAAAACUGAACAUAGAUUUGAGCCAAUUUUUUUCUCGUCGAAAGGAAGCACUGUCCUUAUUAAAAUCAUGAAAUAAAAAAUGGGGGUCACCGUACUUGUUUUUGCGGUAGAACUGUAGAAAGUGUGCACCAAAUGCAUUUUCUCCAAGUUUUGAGAGAGGACUAGGGCGAGUUUCAAAACAGAAUGUAUGUGAAAGGGGGAAGGAAGUAUUAAAAAAUCUGUUUUUACAGAAUUUACAUCGAGAUAUCACAUUUAGGAUACAAUGUGAUAAAGAAAGCGUUUAAAUAAAAAUCAAAGUGAGUAAGCACAAGUUAAACAUCCACUAUCGAGAUUCUCCGUGAGGAAGUCGAACUCAGCAACACGCGUACUGCCUACGUUAUGCACAUUCCCAACACAUUGAGUCUCACCUUGGCAAGAAACAACCUCAAGCAAAAAUUCCAAUAGCGUUUCUCUUCCUUCAACUUCAUUUUAAUAAUGUUACUUCACAUGCUCUUUUUUACUGCCACCAUCUUGUUAUGCACAGUAAGAGAUGCGCAGUGCAAAACCAGGGAAUCACCUUAACAGAGGUGUCCAUAUUAUAGAGGUAGGGAAUGUAUGAUUUUUGGCAUUUCUGGGACCAAACAAACUGUCUGUAAUAAAGAGGUGUCCGUAUUAUAGAGGUGUCCGUAAGGAGAGGUUAGACUGUAAUUUCCUGAACCUCUUCUAUUGAUUAUGUAUUUGUAAAGAGAAAAUUAAUAUUGGUGACUUUUGGGACAUAAAAGGGUUAAUUAACUAGGGGGGCUUGCCGGGGGGGGGGGUACUCCUGGGAAUGAUUCUUGGUGGGGGGCUGCCGCCCGGUUCUCCAAAUCCUGACCAUAUUUCAGACCAAAAAAUGUAAUUUUCCACACCCGUUUUCAGACCAGUACCCCCCUCCCCAGGGGGGCUUGUAGAUGGGGGGCCUGAAAGUGGCAUUUUUUUGUAUUUGAACAAAUAUGAUAAGCUCCCAAUAGUGAUGGCAAAAUAGUCGUUUGUGGUGUAGUCUUGAAUAAGACCAUGAAAGUAGUUGGAAGGCAGUCAUGACGAGUAACUAUUAAAUUACACAUUUACUAACUUGCUUAAUUUAUGUCUAGCAUGACCAAACUGAAACAGAAGAUUCAUCAGAACAAAAUGGAAAUCAACAAAAAGAUGAAAAAGAAGCUGAGGGUGAAGAGGCCAAACCAGGAAAUCCAAAGAUAGAGUUUAAUGUAAACUUGAUCAAGCUUUUGAAAGGACUGGUGCGCCACUUGAAUCCUGAUAAAGCUGUUGAUGAUAUGCUUCGUGAUUUCUUUGGAUGUCGUCUUCCACCCUUUGGAGGAGUUGGAAAAGAUGUCAAAAAAGGUAGGUAAAUAUUUUCAGGUGUAAUUAAAUAAAACGUUUUCAAAUUUGUGACAAGAAUGUCUAUGGAGAAAAAAGUCACAGCUUGAGAAAGCCAAGAAAGGCACCUGCUCUAGCAAAGAGAAGGAUGUACCUAAAGAUUUAGAAAUCGUUGACCAAAUGACAUGGUAUCUGGGCAACUAAACAGAGCUUAUCCUUUCUUCUAAACUGAAACGUUCCCUGAAUCCUUCAAUCCCUAUAAUUGGGAUCGUGCGAUUUAGGGGAACGUUUGAGCCCUGAUCCUGUACUUGCUUGUAAAAAGAAGGGUCCAGAUUUCCCAAUCUUUCCCUUGGUAGAUCACAGUCAGUCUAAAUAUGUAGUGUGGUUGCCAAUGGAAAAACAGUCUUGCACAACUGUAGUCUGAUAAACUGUUUAUGGCUCUUUUUCCAAAUUGUCUUUUGUUUGCUUGUGACACAAAAGUAAAGAUUGACAUUACUUCACAAGUCGCUUAAGUACUUACACCUUGGCGUGACCCCUUUAACAAUAUUUCUGGGUUUUAUUUGCAUAUUUUGGUUAUUUUGUUGUUGUGGUGGUGUAAGAUAUUUCAGGACUUAAACUCUUUCACAGACCUGCUUGUAAUAUUGACCAUUGAAACUUAAGCUUUCACAACAAAAAUUUUGAAAUCGUUUUGUAAAAUCCUAAGAAAUUAGUAGUACAGUAGAAUCCCGCUAACUCGAACACUGAAGGGAAACGAAACAAAGUUCGAGUUAUCGGGGUCGAUUGAUUGUUUAAUUUGCUAUGGUAAUAAUGAUAGUUACUGAUUUUUCAGCACUCAAGUGUAUGGCACGUAGUGCAAAUAAUUUAUUAUUUUAUUAGAAACGGUAACAUGAUUAUGCAUUUUUAUGAUAAAGCGUGAGCUGUUUGCGGUAGUUUACCGAUUAUACAACAAGAAGAACUAAUAAGAUAGCAUCCGAAUGGGGUUACAAGAAACAGAGUUUUUGAGUGAUCGGGGUAAAUUUCAGUGAAAUAUUGAUUAUGGGGAAACAAAUUUAGUUCGAGUUAGCGGGAAAUUCGAGUUCGAGUUAAUUGAUAAGUGACUGAAAAGUGGGGUAAAAUCCAAGGCAGUAGAACUUAGUUCGAGUUAGCGGUGCGUUCGAGGUAUCCGAGUUCGAAUUAUCGACGGGUUCUACUGUACCAUGAAACAUUUGGCAGAGUUCUUGCAUGACCAUGAUUUCAUCCACAGAUUCCCAACUUAGGAUGACAAACAAACCCGCCAUAACUUGGUUUGCGAGUGAAAGAUGGGCUCCUAGACACUUUUCUUAAGGCCUCCACUAUGAUAUUAGUUUUACAGAUAGUCAAACCUUCAAGGCCGAGUGCUCCUUUAGCUGGAACCUCUCCUAAACCCGGCCUAAACGAUUACCUCUUGUAGGCGAUCGCGACCACUUUUCUAGGAUGACGGUCUUAGAAUUUCCCAUUGUUUUUAACCUCUUUUAAGCGGCCGCGUAACUCUCGGAGUUAAACCGUUAGAAUAUUAGCUGUUAUAACUGUUUAACACCUUUUGAAAGGGGAAACUUGUCCUACCUCCAUCUCAAAUGGAAAUCGUGGUCGCGUCAUUUGUGUUACGUAUGGAAGCGUGUGCAUAUUAUGUUCUUCUUAUCACGUUUAGGAGCCCCGCCACAAGGCAGGGCGACGAAAAAUUAGUCUAUAGACUCAUUCAAGUGUUCUCCUCCACGGAAAUCUUUAGUAAAAGGCGAAAGAUUUAUGCGUGUUGAAGGAAAACCAGAGUUGACGCAAGCUGUUGUCUUUUGACGUUUUGUCGGACUUAAGGGAACUAUGCAUGUGGGACAUGCGCGUAUUACGCUAUCUAAUAAGUUCUUAAACCACGCAUGCGCAUCAUGGCUUAUCCGCGUGUUAAUUUUUUUCUGCACCUAGCAGUGACUUACCCAAUUUUUUUUUUCGGUCGGUUUCUUCUCUUGUCGUCGAAAUAAUCCACCGUGAAACUCCUUCUUUAACCAUUGAAUGUUCAUCGAUCGAUCUUCUUAACUAAGUAGCAUGGAUGAGUCACCGUUUCCAGAAAACAUAGCAUUUAAGAAGCGAGGAGUAUUCCUGAGUUAGUCAGUCAUGGUUUUAGUCAGGAUCUCUAUGAAAAUCUACUGCAUCAAAGAAACAUAGCAAGAAUUGACUCUUAUUACAUGGGAAUAUAAAAUUCUGUGUGAAAAUACGGCUCGACCAGAGCGUCCCGGAGAGCUUGCUAGCAGGCUAGCUCGACAGCAAUGUUUCGAACCCGGUCGCUAGGAAAUGGAAAUUAAGGAAGAAGCAACAAAAGAGUGCUUUGCUCAACGUUUCUUCUUUUUUUUUGGUUUGUUUGCUCGACAUGUGCCAUUUCAAACAAAGUGACGCGAUGCGGGAACAACAAUAUGAUAAAUAUUCGCUCUGUGUUCUUAGUAUCGUCAACCCCUUCGCACAUUUAAGCACGUAUGAAUCUCCUUCAGGUACAGAAUCUCGAUAACUCAGCAGAAAGCAAAACAAUAAACAGAUUUAAAGGGCUUUGAUAUGAUAGACAUUGGGAUGACUCUGUGUGCCAGAGACUUAUCUUGUGCGGUUACCGGUUUCGGUUAUGUUAUAGUGACCCGGGCGAAAAGUUUUAUCUCGCGGCUUCGCCGCUCCUGGGUCCGGCCGAAGAUCUGUCGGCUGCAGCCGACAUUAUUGAAGUAUUCUGCCGCACUCAAGAAAAAAAAUUCGCUGAUCGCUAAAAAUGGUAAGACUGUCCUUGUUUAAGUACGUGCAACUACAAAAUACAGGGCCAUAUUUUAAGAUCUUAAACAUAAGUGGCUCGCUAGUCGUGACAAUACUUAAAAAUAAUAAUUUAAAAACUUAUGGCGCGUAAAUGUACCGUAUUUCCUCGAAUAAUAGCCCUCCCUCGAAUAAUCGCCCCCUUUUGAUUCCAAAAAGGAAAUAAUCGCCCUCGGCUAUUAUUCGACGAAAUACGGUAUGUAAAUGUAAUGACAAAUGUUUUUACGAGAAAGAUAUAAGACCUGGCUAUAAGUAUGACAGACAUAAAAAAAAUGUAAAAGUACAAAAUUUAAAGAACAAGUUAAUGUAUACCAGUUGAUAUGAAUGCACGUCUAUAGAAAGUAUAUAAGGUAUAGUUAUAGGUAUAUAGUUUAGUGGCUUGAUGGCUCGUCAGUCGAGGUUAGCAUCUUAAAAAACGAGAAAGGUAAUAUUUUAGGGGCUCGGCGGCCUGCUUUGUGGCUCUUCAGUCCAGGUUUAGUGGCUCGGUGGCUCGUCAGUCCCUACUGCCGAGCCACUGAGCCGCGCCCCAACGAAUAUACCUAGAAAAGGUGCCCUGUAUUCUGUAGUUUAAUAAUCCCAGUUCCUUGAAUAAAGGACAACCUUGAUAUGUCUGUCUUUUAGCGUCUCCAAUCUCGUUCCCAGUCUUGGAAAAAAUAGACGUAAAAUUAAGAGGUCCUUCUUCCACCAAAUCAAGAAUGGGAAAUGACGUCUUUGCCUUCUCGCGGCUUGUCUCUUUCGGGGUAUGAAGGUUGGUUUCCAUUUUAUUCUGCCCAGGGGCCCGUUUCUCCAAAGUUCGGUAGCUUUUCGGGCCCGAAAACACACAUUCAAAUCGAAAUAUAAAGAAUAAGAGCGCGGGUCCUGGCUAGCAAACUACUCCAUUUUGUUUCAUUAACUGAUAGGUUUGUCAUGUUAGAUAUAAAACUAUUGAAACCUUUCUCUUGCAUGUAAACAACAACAGCUUUACGGGCCCAUUAAUUAAAUACCUCGUGUCAGGGCUUUUCUCUUAGAAAAUGAGAUCGGCCCAGCGGAUGAGGUUCACGUGAAGUGAGUAACAUAUUUGUCCAGAUAUUCUUAUGAUACAUUUUCUGCGUGAUAGGCAAAAAGAAAAGUGCUGCGCCUUCCGACGACAGCAAGAUCAGAUUGAUUCAUCCGGACCAUGUGCGAGUUUUAAUCGGGGACUUGUCGGACGGUGUUGCCGGAGACGAAGAUUAUUCCGAGGCAGAAGAAGACGAUGAGGAAGAAAGCGAAGAAGAGGAAGAGGUGUGAAACUUAGCAUAUAAUUAAGCAAUAGAAAACGUUUUCCGUGUUUGCAUAGCCUGAUAUAAACACGAGAGGGGUUGGGAGAAUUCGAGACAUUUUGCAAACCCGAGACGAAGUCGAGGGUUUGCAUAACUGUCGAGAAUUCUCCCAACGCCUCGAGUGUUUUUAUCAGGCUAUGCAAACACAGGAAAAAAGUUUUCUAUUGCUUUUAUAAAAUAAAUUUCCCGAGAAAAAACGCAAAACUCUUUGUAUGGCACUGAAAAUUCUUACCAGUCACAAAGUCUUGUCCACGAAGUCUUGCACGCGUAAUCAGUUCUUGUUUUGAAAAAAGAUCUUUUCCAAAAUACGGACUUUUCUCGCUUAAAAUGUUACCUUAAGCGAAGAAAAAUUGACACACUUAAAACUCACUUUCUUCGUAAGGAUUUUCCAACUUUCAGCCGACGAAGGAAUGGGUAAAUAAAGUAAACUUGUCGAGUUUUGUACUUGAAAACUUUUUCAAAUUAGUGCUUGCGUGAUUAGCGCGCGAAAAGUGUUUACAUACUCUCAUGCAAACACUCCUCUCAGCUAAUCAGAGCGCGCGUACUAUCUUAGUUAUUUUAUAAUUCGUAAUGGUACUAUCUCACUAGUCCCCUGCGGCCCUACUUAAAAACUAUGCAAGGUAUUUGCAGCACUAACCUUCCGGCCUUGUCCACGAGCUUUUUCAAGCGGAGAGCGCAGCCUUAAAGCGGGGUACUGGAAAUGAGCUACAAGCGCGAAUAGGGGUGAUUGGAACGAACGCAGAGCGCUUGGGAUGCAGCCAGCCUCCGAUCCCAUGCAGACGUUCUAAGAGCUACGUUACGCGUUACUCUAGAACAAAAGGCGUUCGUGGAGAAGAAACGCGUGACAGACUGGCAGCGCCAAAGCGAAGUAACGACAGUGACACCCUUUGGUUGGAUUUCCACUGUCGAGUAAUUUUGACGUGCGAACGCACGUAAAUUUUACUCGUGUAAAUAAAAUAGAGGUAAUAAAGAGGUUAAACAUCACGUUAACGUCAAACGGCAAGCGCGUUUUUGUGCCUUGUGACCAAGUUUCCCCUUAACUUGUCGUUUACUGUUCAUUAUUUCUACACAUAAUUUAGUAGUUUCAUGCGAUUUGUUAAUUAUCCAUAAGAAAUUUUUUGAGGUGUUUUUAUCUGCUCAUUUUUCUUUUUUGAGAAAUUGUGUACUUGAAUCUGACGUUUGCCGUAUACACGUGAAGCUUAAACUCUCUAAUGCAUCCUGGGAAGGUCACGCAUAAACGUAAAAGUUGAAACUCGCUCAACUUUUACAUUUACGCGUGGGCCUUUCAUACAUUGCCACUAUUUUAUUUACGCGCGCAAAAUUUACGUGCGUGUGCACGUAAAAAUUACGCGACAGUGGAAACCAACCCUUACUGAGAGAGGUGUCUUAUGCUAACUAUGUUAGGAGGAACCGGAGGAGAGUGAGAAAGGGGACAAGAAAGGUACGAACAAGAGCGACAACAAAGCAAAGCAGAAAGCUAAGAAGAAAGAGAAAGAGAAAGACACGAAAAAGAAAAGUAAGAAUAAUGAAUCAGAUAAGGAAGACGAAGAAGAGAUGGAAGAAGACGAGGAGGAAGAGGAUGAUUACGAGGAAAGUGGAGAUGGAGGUGAAGGAUUUGGAGGAGAAGAGUAUAUUUUGGUUCUUCAUUCAGUCAAGAACGACAGGUCCAAGCACAUGAUGGGCGACAAGAGUGUAAGUACCCUACUGUUUAAUCCUUUGUAAAAAAAAACUUCUCCCCCGGAAGCUUAUUCGUUUCAAGCACAUUUGAGGGGGGGGGGGUUAAUUGAGACGGCGGGGCUUUAAUGCCCUUUCAACAACCUACCAGAAGGAGGUAUCAAUUGUCUUUAAAAGAACUAGAAUGUAAAGUGGACAAGGUCAAGCACAUGAAGUUGGAGUUCAUGUAGCCGUGGAUGAAAAACAAACCCGAUGUUCCAGCGCUGCGAGUAUGUGUACGAUUGAUCGCUGACCAACCACGCGAAACUAAUGUGGGGUAUUUUGCUAUAGCAGUAGUGAUAGCAGUAAUAAAACUACUAUUUUAGUAGUGCUUUCAUCGUUGCAAAUACAUUUUUGGGUUGGUCCAUGUCUCGUACCUUUUAAACGAGUCUUGGGCAGUGUUAAGGCUUUGGAAAGGGCCAGGUCCGCUCAGCGUUAACUGAUUAUCUUAUUAAUUCUCACGACCAUUUCUCUUAAUUAUUUAUUCAUAUUGUGAGGAUAAAAUUGAUAUUGAUCACCUUACGGACUUGCAGAAAUGGUAAGCUGAUCCUUGAUACUUUCAUUGUAGCCUUGUUCAAUUUUGAAGUUCCCCAUCCGAUACAAGGAGGCCCUGCGACAGAUCACAGCAGACCGGGAGGAGUACAUCACCGUCAACAGCCUACAGCUUUCAGACAAGGAGCGUCAUUUGUUGGUGACUUCGUUAUGGAAAGAAGGCCUAUUAGAAAUGGAGUAACUGUGGAACUUGAGAAAUGAACCGUUUAGUUUACCAUUUCUGUUGACAAACUUAGAGAUGUUCGUUGCGUUUCUUCUCGUAUUUUUGGAGCCCUAACCAUUCUUUCGGCGGAACCUGGACCAGGCGUUUUGUUAAAAUUGCUUUAAAAUGUGUGGAGUCAUCAGAUUAAGAAGGAAACGACCGACUCUGUAUCUUGAGCGUCUGGUAAUAGCGUGAAAGACAAUAACGUAAAAAGCCCCUCUUUUCACAAGUUUCGCAGUUUGGUUGGUUAAUAUUUAAGCGCUUUGGCCUUAUCCAAUGUAUGUACCUGAUUUAAAAAAAGUUGCUUUGGCCGUAGGCCAUUUCCGAGUUCCAAAAAUUCUCAAUUUCAAAACGAAGCCAAGUGUAAAACCUUUCUAGUGAUGAUGACUUUCAUUUGCAUACGAGUAAAGAAACGUUAUCAAAUCAAAUAUAAAUUCAGCCUUAGCCUCGCUUUGAACAGAGGCUUGGGGCUACUCGAAAAUAUAGCCUAUUACGCAUUGGGAAGCUAUACUAUUGUUUGGCCACACAAGCAUUUCAUUGCCUGAGUUUCGUAUGUCCUAAUGCCCAGUUGCCAAAGCAACCUUUUCUGAAUUAGGUAUAGGUCAGUUUCGCUGUGGCGCUCACGAGCGUAACCGCGGCUAUGUAGGCUAAGGUGUGGUUAUCGUUUGAUAGUAGUAUGAAUUAAAAACGUUCCGGCGACCUGGUAUCACGGGACAUGCCGUUGAGUUUAAAAUUUAUUUUAGUCCUUUCACUGAAGAAUGAAGGAAAGGUCUGUUAAGUUGUUGUUGAGUUAGUUGUUAAGUAAUUAUAAUCUGCCAAUUACCAGGGGCUUGUUUUUGAGCAAAAUCUUGAAAUAUCCAAUUAUGGGUAUUCACAUUUCGUCCUAAAUAUAAUAUUAGCAUAUUUAUGCUAGUCAAUGGUCAUAAUGCAAUUAAACAAGAGAGACAUGUCUACGAAAC